AUUUCAAUCAGCUGUCGAAUUGUCGAUAUUUUAUUGCAGAUUAUUUAUAAUAAUUUACUCAAAAUGAGAGACGAUGAUUAAAAAUUAGAAUGUAUGUCAAGUUAAAUAAUAUCAAAGUAGAGGCGUAAGUGUCGUGUGGUUUGUUAUGGCUGUGUAUUUGGGGUGAGGGUGGCGCCGCCCAAGAAGAGGAUUGGUGUCGGGGCUCUAGGCAUGCAGGGGUAUGGCGGGCGAGGCUGCGGGCACGUCGCGUGGCCUCCGUGUCUACAAGAUCGUGGUGCUGGGCGACGGUGGUGUCGGCAAGUCUGCGGUCACACUGCAGUUUGUCAGCCACAGUUUCUUAGAUUACCAUGACCCUACUAUAGAGGAUUCAUAUCAGCAGCAAGCAGUUAUUGAUGAUGAGCCAGCUUUAUUAGAUAUCCUGGACACAGCUGGUCAGGUCGAGUUCACAGCUAUGCGCGAACAGUAUAUGAGAUGUGGGGAAGGUUUUGUGUUGUGUUAUUCUGUAACGGAUCGGCGUUCAUUUCGUGCGGCUGCAGAGUAUCGACGACUGUUAGCACAAGCACGCCCUGCGGAGCGUCUGCCCCUUGUACUAGUUGGAAACAAGCUAGAUCUUGCACCACGACUUAGACAGGUCAGUAAUUUUUUAAAUUGUAUGACUAAUUUGUUCACUCACUUGCUUAAAAAAUUGAACAUUGAGAAAAAAGCCAUGUUUCAUUCUUUUAAAGCAUUCAUUUUGUUGAGGUUUUUUUAAGAUUGUGUUUUUAUUUGUUUAUAAUAACAAAGUAUUGCAUUAUAAGAGCAAAAUGUCACUAUAAACAUUUAAAUUUCUAAAAAUUAAUUCAUCAUAUUAGAACACUAGCAUAAUUUAUUGAUGGCCAAAACUGGUUAAUCCAAGUUAUAUUAUAUAUAAAGUUAACUAUACACAAUUUAAUUUUAUUUGGUAGGUCACCACAGAGGAAGGCAAGGCUCUAGCUACUCAGUUGGGAUGCCCAUUUUUCGAGACAUCCGCAGCUUUGAGACACUUUGUUGACGAUGCCUUCUAUGCUCUCGUCAGAGAAAUACGCAGACUUGAGAGACAAAGACAGUCGUCUCUGAUGAGCACGGGUAUAUCGACGGGCGGGGGGCGGCGACGGUGGCGGCGGCUCCGCAGUAUAUUCGCGCUCGUAUUCCGGCGCCGGCGCCGCCACCACGCUAGCCCCUAGCGCUCCGCCCCCCCGCCCACUCUCUUCUGCCACCGGCCCGCCGACUCCAACCCUAACAUCUCCACCAUGUGAGCUAUUACCAAUAAACCAUAGCAGAUUAUUGUAACCUGAGUUGUCUAAAGACUUCUACAUUUACUACUAGACAAACUAUAGUACUAGAGCCAAGCGACUCUAACGGGGGUAGGAGAGUUCAGAAUAAGAGAUUAAGUCUUCUUUAAUGUAUAUUUAAAUUUCAAACAUAUGUAUGUGCGUCGAUUUAUGCUAACACAAAUCCUUUAGUGCUCCUUUUCAUAUUAUUUUAAUUAAUUUAUAAUUAGGUUUCUAUUUAUAAUACAUAAAGCCGCUGAGUUGUCAAAAAAAGAAUAUGGCAGUGUUUUUCAACCUUUUCAGCUAAUGAUCAUAUAUAUAUAUAAGUAUAUAAAAUAAAAGUCCCUGCUGAUUUAUUUAUAUAAAAGGAUCAAUUAAAAGUCCAUAAUUUGCUAAUAGUGUUUUUUUUUUAAAGUUUAUUUGUUAUUUACAUGAGAAUAUUGUUUGUCUGAAUUUUAUAUACUUUGUCUAGUAGUAUACAUAUAAGUCUUUGACCAUAACAGAUUAUUUUAAUCUGUAUUUCUAAGUGUUUCCUGGCCGUUCUGGCCCUAUGGCUUUGGGUCUCUUACGUCGUGUGACAUUUUAUGUGCCAUACCGCGUGAUCACGCGAUGUGCUUCUAUAGAAAACUAUAAUUGAAGUUUGUCUUUUGUUUAACAGAGAACCUCUAUCAGAUAUAUUUGAAAUGUAAAUAUAAUAUUUUGUUGGUGAAUUUACUUUUAAAUGAAAUCGACAGAGUAAAUACAUUAUGUUGUUAAUAUUUACUGUCUGUGUUUUUUUCGAAAAUACAUAUAUACAUUUUGAGUAGUUAAAGUUAUCUUUAUUGAAAUCGGUAAUAUUCUCUUUUAAAUAGUUCUCUUUUUUCUACUAUUAUUUAAAUUUGGUAAAAGAAUCAUUAUUCAUUGAUUGGAGACCAAUAAGCCCAUUUUCUGUAUUUAUUAUAUACAUAGUUAAUUUGAAAAAGUAUUUUUACAUAGAUAUAUUGUAUAUUCAUAUACUAUAUAUUCCUAUGUAAGCUACGAAAAUCACUAUACAAUUUAUGAAAUAUCAUACUUUGAAUGUCCUACCUUACUCUACCUCAGAUUGAUAUAAGAUCGAAAUUGCUCGUGUCUUUAUUAAACAGAUAUGUACCUUGUGUGAGUAUUUUAGACACUUUUCAUAUAAAGAAAUGUUCAGCCAUAUGACCCCUUAUAUAAUUAAUGAUAUAAGGCUUAAUUUCGAAAAGAAAGUGUGGGCCUAAAUUUUGUGUGUCAAAUAAAGUUUAUUUUUAAUGUAUUUUAUAACAAUGUAAUAAACUUUAAUUAACCGCGACUUUUAGUAUUUUCUGUUUCGCGUUGUUCCUUUUUAUUUAGUAGAAAUAUUUAUAAUGUUGUGUAAAACGAGAAAAUAGUUUUGUAUUUAACCUUUUUACCAUAUUACGAUUCAUUACGUCAGAAAGUAAUAGAAUGACAGAUAAAGUUUGACGUUCCGUUUUCUGAUUACUUCCUUAGGUAGUCAUAAAAAGGCCUAGACAGUAUUUCUUUGUUAUUAUAGCUACUGAAUAUUGAAAAGGUUGUUUAAAAUUGUUGCAUUAAUUUGUUAAUUUGAAAAUACCUGAUUGGUUCAGACAUUAAUUCGCUCACUGAAUAGUACAGUGGCACAACUCAAAAACCAUAAUUUCGAGAAACGCUCUCCGAAGUUAUGAAAAUCUCAUAUAUUUAUAAUUAUGAAAAUCAAUUUUUUUAGCAUAACAGUUAAAUCGUUUGUUUUAAAUUAUUACUGUUAAGUUUUUUAUUUUUUCUUUAAAUUAUCUACGGGAUGCCACCACAAUGUUGUGGCGUUUUCUCGAAAUAAUGGUUUUUGAGUUGUGCCACUGUACUAUUCAGUGAGCGAAUUAAUAUUCGAAAACGCUACUAAUUAUAUAUACUUAAUUUAAUUUUAGUACUUAAUCAAAGGUGAACUUUAUAAAAAUGAAAUUAAUGAAAAUCCCACGUUGAGAAACGAUUAUUUACAGAAAUUAAGAAACUGUAGUUUUAAUUCAAUCUGUUAAAUGGUUUAUAAAUAGAAGUCAUACGUUUCUACAAAUUAAAUUUAAGAUAAUUUAUAUGAUUUUUCUGCGAUAAAUGAAUUUGCCUUAUUGUGGCUUAGAAGCAGACGUCUUCCGCUACAAGGAACCCGUAAAAGCAAUAUGUAAAUGUAAAAAAUUUUGAAAAAUGUAGCUGAUAUUUUUAAUCAUUGUUUAUUGUUUAGUUUUUGAUAUGUUGUAGUUUGUACAGUCCGUGUCAGAUUUGUAGGAGUGUUCUAUGUACAGGUAUAGUUAAAUAAUAAAAAUAAAAAUAUACUUACUUCUGACGGGUAGUUCACUGUGUUACAGAGAAAUCUUAAUGUUGUAGUCAUAUUUUUAAACACGACUAUAAAUAACUUAUGUAUAUGUCGUAGGCCAUUGAAUUGAGGCGAUCGAGAUCUGCCCGGG